GUUGAGUUGGUGUUGACCGUACCUGUCCAAGUCACACUCCUGUCUUCCACUUUCUUCAACUUUCUUGUUCAUAUUUUGGUCCGCAACUGAAUUUUCAGCUCACAAUUCUUUCCAUCCUCAGAGUAUUGGUUCAGUAUUUAAUGCUUACUAUGAAGGGAGUAAUCCAUGAAGAAUCAAAUAACAAAAUUGGUAGCCAAUGGACUUUACAAAGAAGCCAUUAACUUGUAUUCCCACCUCCAUUCCUCUUCUUUAUGUCCCACCAAAUUCACCUUCCCUUGUCUCUUCAAAGCCUGCGCCAAGCUAAGGGCUAUACCACAAGGUCAAAUACUCCAUACCCUUUUCAUAAAAUACGGGUUUGACACGGAUGUAUACGCAGCAACAUCUCUUAUUGGUAUGUACAUGAAAUUUGCAUUAGUGGACACUGCCUUGAAGGUGUUCUACGAAAUUCCUCAACGAAAUAUUGCUUCAUUAAAUGCUAUCAUUUCUGGGUUUUCUCAAAAUGGGUAUUACGUUGAUGCUUUUAGGAUGUUUGGGUUAUUUAGUGGUUCAUUGUUUAGGCCGGAUUCAGUUACUAUAGCUAGUGUUUUAUCAGGGUGUGUAAAUAUUAAUCAUGGUGUUCAAAUGCAUUCUUGGGGUAUAAAGAUUGGUGUGGAAAUGGAUAUAUAUGCGGUUACUUCGAUUUUGAGUAUGUACUUGAAUUGUGUUGAUUGUGUUUCUGCUACGAGGUUGUUUGAAUUGGUUAAGAAUAAGAAUGUGGUGUGCUAUAAUGCGUUUAUUUCAGGGAUGCUGCGAAAUGGGGUGGAGGAAGUGGUUUUGGAUGCGUUUAAGAAAAUGUUACUAGACGAAGAACCGAAUGAAGUGACUUUAAUAUCUGUUCUCUCUGCUACUGCUAAUCUUAAGAAUGUGGAGUUUGGUAGGCAAGUUCAUGGACUUAUUAUGAAAAUUGAGUUACAAUCUCAUACAAUGGUGGGAACUGCACUUGUAGAUAUGUAUUCGAAAUGCUGUUUCUGGUUAUGUGCGUAUGAAAUCUUCAAAGAGUUGGGUGGCAGCAGGAAUUUGAUAACGUGGAAUUCGAUGAUUACUGGAAUGAUGUUGAAUGAGCAAUCAGAGAAAGCUGUUGAGCUUUUCGUGGAAUUGGAAUCGGAAGGAUUGAAACCAGAUUCAGUAACAUGGAAUUCAAUGAUCAGUGGGUUUUUGCUGUUGCAAAAAAAGGCUGAAGCUUUUAUGUUCUUCAGGAAAAUGCUUUCUGCUGGUGUCGUUCCCAGUGUGAAAUCUAUUACUAGUCUUCUGACGGCGUGCUCUUCUCUAUCCUCAUUCCGUUUCGGCCAAGAGAUUCACGGAUAUACUUUUAGGAUGGAAAACAUUAUUGAUGAAUUUAUUUUCACCGCAAUCGUUGAUAUGUACAUGAAGUGUGGACAAUUUCCUUUGGCCCGGAAGGUUUUUGAUCAGUUGGAAGUAAAAUAUGAUGAUCCUGCUGUCUGGAAUGUAAUGAUUUCAGGGUAUGGAAGGAACGGGGAAGGUGAAGCUGCUUUUGAAAUUUUCUCUCUGAUGCUAAUGGAGAAAGUACAACCAAAUUCAGCAACUUUGAAUUGCAUGUUGUCUGUGUGCAGCCACAUCGGACAAUUGGAGAAAGCAUGGCAAGUUUUUAGCUUGAUGAUCACAGAUUUUGGCUUAACCCCAACCCUAAAGCAACUUAAUAUUAUGGUUGAUCUACUUGCUCGAUCUGGUCAGCUGGAUGAAGCUAGAGAACUACUACAGCUCAUCCCCAAACCAUCUGCAUCUGUUUUUGCUUCUUUAUUAGCAGCUUCUGAGCAAUUCUCUAAUGCUAAGAUGGGAGAAGAAAUGACCAAAAAGCUCUCAGAAUUGGAGCCAGAAAGCCCUGUUCCUUUUGUGAUUUUGUCCAACCUCUAUGCUAGACAAGGAAGAUGGGACGAUGCUGAAAGAAUCAGAGAAACAAUUGAUGAAAGGGGACUCGAAAAACUACCAGGCUACAGUACUGUAGGAGUGACAUAAACUAACAUCUUGUAUGUGCUAAAACUGGUAGAACCGACUACUAUUGGAUCUUAUGCCUGAUCUGCACUAACUGGCUCUCACUCUAAUUUUUUACUCCAAUCAUUGCCCCAACAUUCCUUGCGCGAGAAAAUCCAGAAUCGAUGUUAAAGAUGUUGGUGGUUAAAAAUUGGAGCAAGCACACAAUUGACUUCAUUAACCUUGCCACUUGUCGCAGAUCCUGUGAACUAACUUGGAAGCCAGGCAGUACGAAGAGUUGGAUCAAGCUUGCGUGCUAUUAGUGUGACAAUCUUCAUGGCCCAUGUGUUGCCUAAGCAAUUGUUUGUGAAGUCCUUUCCGGUCAGCUUCAUUCAAUUAGGAUGGUCAAAUUUGAAACUAACAGGAAACAUAUACAAGCUUAUAUGAUAAAAGUUUAAAUCACUGUGACGUUGAGAGUAUUGAUGUUGAAUGUGAUUUAUUAUGUCUCUAAGUUCAAUUGAAAUUCUCUAAUGGAGUUGCAGCAAAGAAAAAGUGAAGUGUUGGACCAAGCGCCUUUUUUUUUUUUUGAAGUAUAACAGCCAGUGCUGUUAAAAGUCAUCUCUUUGUCACUUAAAGCAAUGAAGCUAUGUGAAGAAAGGGGCUCCUCAUAGGUGAAGCCAUGGGCUUCAAAAAGUGUGCGCUUCAAAUAAUGACGAAAAGGGUUAGUUCUUUGUUACUCGAUUUUGAGGAGUUGGAUUAACAAUGAUGUUCUGACCAUCUUGCGUGCACUUUUACUUUUUCAUAGGGUACUCAUUUUAUACCACCAGCAUAUGUUUCAGGAAUUCUACCAG